AUGGCUCAAUUGGUGGGGAAUGCAGAACAGGAUUGCCAGCUGCAGUACAGACCUGUUAUAUCUGCAUCAGGAGAUACUGCAGCCAGUGUCCAAUAUCUUGACAUAAAAACUAUUCAAUCAUGUGAAACGAGUCAGGCUCCAUUACUCGCAAUACAGGAUAAAAGUUUACAUCCUCAAACAACGGAAGACAUCACAACUACAAAAGCUUUCUCAAGUGGGAAACAGCUUUCUCGUGACAGGAAACAGUUUUGGUUUUGGCCUUGGAAAACAGUUAAGAGCAGAGGUGAUGUGGAGCGAAGUCCUCCUUGCCAUGAUCACAUAACUGUUGACAAAUUAAUUGAAUUUCCAUAUGAAGAACUUGCAAAAGCUACUUGUGAUUUCAGUUCGGCUAAUAAGAUUAGCGAAGGUAUCCUUCUUGCUGUUUAUCAUUCUGAGCUCAGAGGCAAGAAAGUUGCAAUCAAGAAACUGGGCAUGGAGAGUAGCAAAGAAUUUCUAACUGAACUGAGAGUUUUAUCACAUAUUCAUCAUCAGAAUUUGGUUUCAGGUUUCGGUUUAACCACAAUUACUGAGGCUAGAGGGUUGUCUUCUCUCAAGCGUCUAAUGCGUACAUUUGGCUACAUGCCACCAGAUUAUGCACAGUACAGUGAAGUUUCUCCUAAAGUUGAGGUUUACACUUUCGGGAUUGUGCUUUAUGAGUUAAUUUCGGCCAAGCAAGCUAUAAUCAAAGAAGACUCCAUUACUAAAAGCCUUGUUCACAUGUUUGAAGAAAUUUUUAGUCUACCAGAUCCAAAUGAUGGUCUCUGCAAAUUGGUUGACCCCAGACUUGGAGAUAAUUAUCCAUUUCGGUCUGUCCUCAAGAUGGCUCAGCUUGCCCGAGCUUGCACUCGCACAAAUCCUCAUAUGAGGCCGAGCAUAAGGUCCGUCGUGGUUUCACUAACGACAACGACAGUUUCUUCCUCCAUUGAGGAAUGAGAACUAAGAUGUUCAAAUGUUCGAAGGAGACCAAGAUCUUGAUUCUUGAAUUUAAAGCGCUCAAAGGUAAAGAUGAGCAGUGGUGGAAGGUUACUGUAGGCAAUUGAUGAUGGCUUGGAUUGUUUUUGUGUUGUAUUCUGAUAAGUUUACCAUUAUAUAUACAUUGUGAUAAGGUACCAUUUAAAGAGUGAAGAUCACUAAAAAAUAUCCACAAACACCACAUAGUUUGAUGACUUGCAAGUAAGUUUGUCACAUUCACCUUGAUAUAAAUUUCAGACUAAUUUACAAGGAUGAGGCUUGAUGGAGGUUGGCCAGUAAACAACUCCUCUUGUUAUCAUAACAGAAGGUGAUUUUUGAUGGGACUGAAAGGUUGUUUGUAAAUGUAUUAUGAAGAUGUA